AUGUCUUAUGAAUACAUCGUCAUCGACCCAGAUGGAGAUACGCUAAUACGUCUCCCAUCCCCUGAGAAACCUUACUGCUCAACGGCUUCUCCUCGUGCAAAACGGGUGUUGCAAGGGCCAUUUAUAGAGGCCGUACCACAUGCCGAUGGUCUCCGCCACUGGAAGUUUGAUCACAUAUUCGAUCCAGAAGCUUUCAAGAUUGUCAUGAACAUCAUUCAUGCGCAUUUCAAGGAAAUUCCCGACAAAGUAUCUCUAAAGAUGUUAUCCGAUAUAACGGUUAUCGUUGACAAUUUAAAUUGUCGAGCUUCAGUCCACCAUUUUGCUAAAAUUUGGGUUGUAGAACUCAUUGCAUAUGAUGAUCCUGACUAUGAAGACGUCAACAAAGUCGGCAUUUAUUGCAAUCGUAAAGGCGCUUAUGAAGUCUCCCGAGCUUUCCUCGUCUUUUGGGCUGCCGAUCCCACUCUCAGUUCUAAAAGCAAUGAGCCAACGUCGACUCGCCAUGCUACGGAGCGCCGCAAAUGA